AUGUUCCGCCUGCUCCGGCGGCCGCGGUGCGAUCCUUGGCGCGAUCCUUGGCGCGAUCCUUGGCGCGAUCCUUGGCGCGAUCUCCUCCCGCGAUGCCUUCCCUCCGCGGGUCUCCGGGCGCCACAGGAGCGGCCGCGGACCGAGGCACGGGCACAGCUCGCAGCUCCGCGAGGGGAGAGCGGCGGCAGCCCCGCCCUGGCCCCGCCCCGCAGGCCGCGCAUGCGCGGUGCCCUUUGUGUCGGGCGGGCGGGCGGCGCGGGUCAGGCCGGGCCGGGCCGUGCGAGCGCCGCCGCCGCCGCCGGGGCGGGGAGGGGGCACCGCGGCUCCGCCAUGGUGAAGAAGCGGAAAGGCCGCGUCCUCAUCGACUCCGACACUGAGGACAGCGGCAGCGAGGAGAACCUGGACCAGGAGCUCUUAUCGUUGGCCAAACGGAAACGCAGUGACUCUGAAGAAAAGGAACCACCUGUGAGCAAACCUACAGCAUCUUCAGACUCUGAGACAUCAGACAGUGAUGAUGAGUGGACUGUUGGAGGUUCUAAAAACAAAAAAAAGGGAAAAGCGGGUAAGGCAGAGAAGAAAGGAGCCAUGAAGAAGCAGAUGAACAAAGCUGCCUCUUCAGGCAGCUCAGAUAAAGACAGCUCGGCUGAGAGCUCGGCACCUGAAGAGGGAGAAGUCUCUGACUCAGAAAGCAACAGCUCGUCAUCUAGCUCCGAUUCAGAUUCUUCAUCUGAAGAUGAGGAGUUCCAUGAUGGCUACGGAGAAGACCUGAUGGGAGAUGAAGAAGACCGGGCUCGACUGGAACAAAUGACAGAAAAGGAGAGAGAGCAGGAGCUGUUUAACCGGAUAGAGAAGAGAGAAGUGCUAAAGAGAAGAUUUGAAAUCAAGAAAAAACUAAAAACAGCAAAAAAGAAAGAAAAGAAAGAGAAAAAGAAAAAACAAGAGGAAGAGCAGGAGAAGAAAAAACUCACACAGAUCCAGGAAUCCCAGGUCAUGUCACAUAACAAAGAGCGGCGAUCAAAGCGGGAUGAGAAGCUAGACAAGAAAUCUCAGGCAAUGGAGGAGCUAAAAGCAGAAAGAGAGAAAAGGAAGAACAGAACAGCUGAAUUGCUUGCAAAAAAACAGCCAUUAAAAACUAGUGAAGUAUACUCUGAUGAUGAAGAAGAGGAGGAGGAUGAUAAGUCUAGUGAGAAAAGUGAUCGUUCAUCCAGGUCGUCAUCUUCUGAUGAAGAGGAAGAGAAAGAAGAAAUUCCUCCGAAGUCCCAGCCGGUGUCCUUGCCUGAAGAACUGAACCGAGUACGGUUAUCGCGACACAAGCUGGAACGCUGGUGUCAUAUGCCCUUCUUUGCCAAGACAGUCACUGGCUGCUUUGUCCGUAUUGGCAUUGGCAAUCACAACAGUAAACCUGUCUAUCGGGUUGCUGAAAUAACUGGUGUGGUAGAGACUGCAAAGGUUUACCAGCUUGGUGGCACACGGACAAACAAAGGACUACAGUUGCGGCAUGGUAGUGAUUCACGUGUGUUUCGUUUGGAGUUUGUCUCAAAUCAGGAAUUUACUGAAAGUGAAUUUAUGAAGUGGAAGGAAGCAAUGUUCUCUGCUGGGAUGCAGCUACCCACACUAGAUGAAAUAAACAAGAAGGAAGUGUCCAUCAAAGAAGCCCUCAACUACAAGUUUAAUGAUCAGGACAUUGAAGAGAUUGUGAAAGAGAAGGAAAGGUUCAGAAAAGCACCUCCAAACUAUGCCAUGAAGAAAACUCAGCUAUUAAAGGAGAAGGCUAUGGCUGAGGACUUGGGAGACCAAGAUAAGGCCAAGCAGAUUCAAGAUCAGCUUAAUGAACUUGAAGAGAGAGCCGAGGCCCUGGAUCGUCAACGAACAAAAAAUAUUUCUGCAAUCAGUUACAUCAACCAGAGAAACAGGGAGUGGAAUAUCGUUGAGUCUGAGAAGGCUCUUGUGGCUGAAAGUCACAGCAUGAAAAAUCAACAAAUGGACCCCUUUACUAGGCGGCAGUGUAAGCCCACAAUAGUGUCUAAUUCCAGAGAUCCUGCUGUCCAAGCUGCCAUCCUUGCCCAGCUAAAUGCAAAAUACGGAUCUGGUGUAUUACCAGAUGCUCCAAAAGACAUGAGUAAGGGUCAAGGAAAAGAUAAAGAUGUGAACUCUAAAUCAGCCAGUGACCUCUCAGAAGAUCUUUUCAAAGUGCAUGACUUUGAUGUAAAGAUUGAUCUUCAGGUUCCUAGUUCAGAAUCUAAGGCACUGGCCAUCACCUCCAAGGCUCCUCCAGCAAAAGAUGGUGCACCACGGCGAUCGUUGAACUUGGAGGACUACAAAAAGAGACGGGGGCUUAUUUGAGCAUGCCCACUCUGCUGCUUCUGAUCCUGCAUGCUCCAUGAUGAUGUCCUACCUUUUCUUCCUCCCUUUUCAGUUCUCCCUUCUGGGUUGGAGCAGCAAUUGAGCUGGGAAGAGACUCUUUAAAACUGCCAGUCAUCUGUAACAUAAACCAUUCAACUAUUUACUGUAUAGACCUCCCUUCUUGCCCUUUCCUCCUGCUCCCCUCACAAAUGUGGAUCUGUGCUAUUUGGGGUUUUCCCAUUUCUUUUAGUUUGAGUUUUGUUUUUAUUUUGUUGAUGCAGCUCGUUGGUCCACUCUGUGUUCAGUAUUAGCCUGAGGUCUGGAUUUCCAUAGGAAUCUCUUCGCAGUCACAGAAUCAUCACUUGGUGAUCUCCCCUUACAUGCCACCACAGGCACGGUGAAUAAACAUUGGCGCAAGACCUUUGUGGCUGGAAGGUCAUCUGCACUUUCUUCCUCUUCUUCCUCCUCCUUCAUCCUAGCUUUGGAGAAGGGAAUCUUCAAAAACUGGCCUAGGUUCAAAGUGUAAAUUUUUUGGGAGGGUUGUGUGACUUUUUUUCAGGUGUUUUUUAUCAUUUUUAAGCUGCAGUACUAUUUGUAUCUGUCUGUCACAGUUCUUUACGGCUGUUUUGAAUUUCUACCAGCUGUACUUGAGCAUCUGAAAUUGCAAGAAAGAAACUCAUUAAAUGUGAUUCUUCUUACUAAAACGGCUUGGCUGAUAUAGCUGUUUAACUUCAUGUUCCCUUUUUUAGUUACACUUAACUGAUAAGAAAGAGGUACACACAGCUCUUAAUGUGGGACUUGUCAUCCAUAGCACAUCCAGAGUCUCCAGCUGUAACUGGGUGAGGUAGCUUUUUGUGGGAUGACGCUGGGGUGCUCAUCAGUUGGGCUUUAAUUUCUUCUCCAGGCCUUCAGUAUUACAUAUUUGUUAAGUCAUCAUGUCUUCACUGGGCUCCAGUUCACUUUGUUUCUUGCUUUAUGAACCAUUUAAAUAGGACUUCUAUAAACAAACAAAAAUUAAAAAAAAAGUAAAAUUAAAAAAAUCACAUUGUGUGGAAGGGGAAGGACAUAAUAGAAAGGUUAGUGGGUAAUGUAUGAGAGGUAGCUGAUGCACAUUCUUCAUAUAUAAACUGGUACAAGUGGAGUGCACAAGAAUUGUAUGGUUUUAUGGAAUAUUUGACUGGACACAAGUUGACAGCUAAAUUAUCACUCAGGUGUUAAAAAAAAAAUCAAGUGUAAAUAUAAGCAAAAUUUAACAAAGAACUUUUCCAGACAAGAUACAACUGAAUAUAUGAAAUUAAGAACUAAAUUAAAAGAGAAUUAGAAGUCUAAAACAGUAGAGGCCCUCGUUCAGGUAAGCGUGCAAGCACGUGUUUGUUCCUGCUCAGGACAGUACGUAUAUAAUAACUUCAGCACUGAACUGGAUAGGAAUGUUUCUGGGGGACCCUGAAGAGGGAAAAUGCUGAUGCUCUUCUUGUGUCAGAGCAUUACUGUUUUUCUGAAAUCAUACACUGGUUACGUUUAAACCUGUGUUUGAUACUUUCUUGUUGGAUUCUUAAUGAAACUUUAAUCUAGUUCUUAUUUAACUUUCUCUUCCUUUUUUUUAACAGUAGCUUUAAAGAAACAUCAUGUAAUUGUGUGCAGAUUGAUUCUACAAACUGUGUAUAAAAAAACCCCUACAAAGCAGCUCUUGCCUACCAUGUAAACAAAUAAUUAGGAAUAUUUCAGUACUUAUUUACUGAAUAAUCCAUAGUUCUAGGACACGUGGAUUAUUCUGUAAAUAUGUAAUCAUAGACUGCUUUAUUUGAUGGCCUAUUUUAGCAGCUUCUCUGGAGUUGUAGUAGGCUCUCACAUAUAUGUACUUUUAACUUUUUAAGAUUGAAUUUAUGGAAUCUACAGUCAUAACUUCAUAGGAAACAUUGUGAUUCACUGUGUAGAUAUGCAUUUGAUAUGAUUUUGGUUUUUUCAAUGGCUUCAGUGAUGUUACAGAUUUGUAAUAAAAAAAUCUAAACUUACUUUGCAAUAGCCAGUUUUCAAAAUAAUCACUCUCCAAUGCUUUGCAGAAAUAAUUGCCGAAUAGAGCAAUUCAGGAGUUGAUUUUUCCACAGAAAUGCCUCAGAGUUCUGAGAUGCAGUGAGAAGUCUCUAAAGGUAAAGUUGACUGAAAUACAAUAUUUUAAUAUGUUUGGCCUUCAUGUAUUGGUUUGAGUUAACUUCUACAUUUGGUAACACAAGAAUAAUCUGUACUAGAGCCAAAAUGUGAAUUAGACCCCAUACAGUGUUGCAAGUAACUUUUAGUAGAGAUAACCGAAACAGAGGAGAUGCAGUGAGUUUAGGAUGCCAGUCUUAAUGAUGGACUAUGUCCUAGUUAUCUGCAACUAUGAAACUGCCACUUACCCUCUUAAAGUCUCUGGAUUUUACUGAAAUGCUGUUUUUUAAGAGAGGUAACAGUAAAUUAUCAUGCAAACCUCUUAUAUUGAGAAUAAUACAUGAAGAAAAUACACUUGAAUAGUUACAGAAUUGUAUGAAAGCUGUAAUCCUUUUUCCUUUAAGUGCAUGUAAAGGUGAGUGACUACACCUCCCACUUGUUAGAGAGGGAGAGAUUUGUUUACUUUGUUUUGUUGGUGUCCUAGCAUAGUUCAUCACAAUUGUACAGACUUCUAUAAAUAAAAUUGGUUUGUUGGUUUAAUAA